UUGGGGUGGGUGUGCUAGGGGGGUGGGGAGCCGGGGUAGAGCGGCUAGUCAUCGACCCCUGGGAGUUGCGGAAGCCGAAGGGGCGGGCUUGCGCACGGCCUGCCUGCUGGCGUGGCCUCCGGCUCUCUCCGUCGAGGCGUGGCAGCAGCAACUGCGGUGGCGCCGGAGGGAGCGGGACUACCGACGAGAACUCUAUUUUAAGGACCUUUCCAAAAGGAAAAAACAAGUCAUGGAGAAGAAUGGGAAUAACCGAAAGCUUCGGGUUUGUGUUGCUACUUGCAAUCGUGCUGAUUAUUCUAAACUCGCACCCAUCAUGUUUGGCAUUAAGACGGAACCAGAGUUCUUUGACCUUGAUGUGGUGGUGCUUGGCUCUCACCUGAUAGACGACUAUGGAAAUACAUACCGCAUGAUUGAACAGGAUGACUUUGACAUUAACACCAGGCUACACACGAUUGUUAGGGGGGAAGAUGAGGCAGCCAUGGUUGAGUCAGUAGGCCUGGCCCUAGUGAAGCUACCAGAUGUCCUUAAUCGCCUGAAACCCGAUAUCAUGAUAGUUCAUGGAGACAGGUUCGACGCCCUGGCACUGGCAACAUCUGCUGCCCUGAUGAACAUCCGGAUCCUUCACAUCGAAGGUGGAGAAGUCAGUGGGACCAUCGACGAUUCCAUCAGACACGCCAUAACAAAGCUGGCUCAUUACCACGUGUGCUGCACCCGAAGUGCCGAGCAGCACCUGAUAUCCAUGUGUGAGGACCACGAUCGCAUCCUUUUGGCAGGUUGCCCUUCCUAUGACAAACUUCUCUGUGCCAAGAACAAAGACUACAUGAGCAUCAUUCGGAUGUGGUUAGGUGAUGAUGUAAAACCUAAAGAUUACAUCGUUGCUCUACAGCACCCAGUGACCACCGACAUUAAGCAUUCCAUUAAAAUGUUCGAGUUGACACUGGAUGCACUUAUCUCGUUCAACAAGAGGACCCUAGUUCUGUUUCCAAAUAUUGAUGCAGGGAGCAAAGAGAUGGUUCGAGUGAUGCGGAAGAAGGGCAUCGAGCAUCACCCUAAUUUCCGGGCAGUGAAACACGUCCCGUUUGACCAGUUCAUACAGUUGGUUGCCCACGCGGGCUGCAUGAUUGGGAACAGCAGUUGUGGGGUACGAGAGGUUGGAGCUUUUGGAACACCUGUGAUCAAUCUAGGAACACGUCAGAUCGGAAGAGAAACAGGGGAGAAUGUCCUUCAUGUCCGGGAUGCUGAUACCCAAGACAAAAUAUUGCAAGCGCUGCACCUGCAGUUUGGGAAACAGUACCCUUGUUCAAAGAUAUAUGGGGAUGGAAAUGCUGUUCCAAGGAUUUUGAAGUUUCUCAAAUCUAUUGAUCUUCAAGAGCCACUGCAAAAGAAAUUCUGCUUUCCUCCUGUGAAGGACAAUAUCUCUCAAGACAUUGACCAUAUUCUUGAAACUCUGAGUGCUUUGGCUGUUGAUCUCGGUGGGACGAACCUCCGAGUUGCAAUAGUCAGCAUGAAGGGUGAAAUAGUUAAGAAGUAUACUCAGUUCAAUCCUAAAACCUAUGAAGAGAGGAUUAACUUAAUACUACAGAUGUGUGUAGAAGCUGCAGCAGAAGCUGUAAAACUGAACUGCAGAAUUUUGGGAGUAGGUGUCUCCACAGGCGGCCGUGUAAACCCCCGGGAAGGAAUUGUGCUGCACUCAACCAAGCUGAUUCAGGAGUGGAACUCGGUGGACCUCAGGACGCCCCUGUCUGACACUUUGCAUCUGCCCGUGUGGGUAGACAAUGAUGGCAACUGCGCCGCCAUGGCAGAAAGGAAAUUUGGCCAAGGAAAGGGCCUGGAAAACUUCGUGACACUUAUCACAGGCACGGGAAUUGGCGGGGGAAUCAUCCAUCAGCACGAGCUGAUCCACGGAAGCUCCUUCUGUGCGGCGGAACUCGGCCACCUUGUCGUGUCUCUAGACGGGCCUGACUGCUCCUGUGGGAGCCACGGCUGUAUCGAAGCGUAUGCUUCUGGAAUGGCCUUGCAGAAGGAAGCAAAAAAGCUACAUGACGAAGACCUGCUUUUGGUGGAAGGGAUGUCAGUACCAAAAGACGAAGCUGUGGGGGCACUCCACCUUAUCCAAGCUGCGAAACUUGGCAACGUGAAGGCCCAGAGCAUCUUGAGAACAGCUGGAACCGCUCUGGGUCUUGGGGUUGUGAACAUCCUCCACACUGUGAAUCCUUCCCUCGUGAUCCUCUCUGGAAUCCUGGCCAGUCACUACAUCCACACUGUCAAAGACGUCAUCCGCCAGCAAGCCCUGCCCUCCGUGCAGGACGUGGACGUGGUGGUUUCGGACCUGGUGGACCCUGCCCUGCUCGGGGCCGCCAGCAUGGUUCUGGACUACACGACGCGCAGGAUCUACUAGGCUUCCCGGUAGUGGACACAGACCAGAACUCGAGAGCUCCUUAACGGAAUCAGGUUAUCUUUUAGAUGCACAUUUCUUAAACAGCAAAUUUGAUUAUUUAAAUUUGAUACAUAGCAGGUGACUUUGGCAGAGAAAUUUGUGCUUGUAGUCCCCUCUUCCACAGUCACCUUUCCCCAUCCCCACUUUUGUAGAUGUUGCUUUUUCUUGGGUCAUUUCAGCUCAGACCCUGCAAAUGCCACUCACAGUUUUCCGUGCCAACAGGAGCUACAAUAGCCUUUGGCCUCUGCUUACCAGAUGUACCCCUCAGACCUGCAGGCCGUGCUUGGGAAUGUGACCUUGAGACUGGAGUUUGGAUUAUUACUACUUCCUCCUCUGACCCUAAACUUAGAUGGCAAAAAGGCAUCUAGUCAGGAAACAAAAGCAAAUCUCACCUUGGAAGGCUUAAGUGCACUUUUCUUUAAGUGCCCAGUUUGAUAAGCUUCCACAUAUGUAUGCAACUGUGAAAUCAUUACCGCAAUCAUGACAUUGGACAUACCUGUCACCGCCCCCCAAGGUUCCUUGUUAUUACUCUCCCAGAACCGUGAGAAACUUCAGACCAGGGAUCUGAACUACAGUGGCCUUAGUGGCCUUGUACUUAUCUUCUUAAGGACAGCUGAGAAGCCACUAGGGCUUACAGCCUCUGAAAGGAGAUUAACUGUCCCAAAGGGUUUUUGCUACUGACAAGCAGACACCUCUCCCUUCAGUAACAUCCCAUCCUAUGUGGAACGCGGCCCCCGAGUGCUGCGUUCGCAGUGCCUGUGGCAGACCUGGAGCCCAUAUCCGUGAGUCUGGGUUCCAGCUAAGUGAGAUUCUGUGCUUUCACUGUUGUCAAGAUACAAAGGCCAAGGUUCUUGCUGUCAGUUGCAACCUGGAAGAAAAACUAAUAGCCACCAUUUAUUAAGUGCCUACUGUGUGCCAGGCUCUGAACGAGGUCCACCUCAAAUAUAUUAUUCUAAAUGUUUGCAGCCUAUAAAACAGGUGUUUUAAUUCCCAGCUUAGAGAAUCCCAAACUGUCUUAGUGUUUAAACAUACCUAAAGUUAUGUCUCUAGUGAGUCUGAGACAGGGUUUGAUCCCAGGUCCCUCUGCUUUUUCUGCUAAGCCACACAACCUCCCAUCAAAAAUUUUCAAAUUGUGAAUAUAUUUGGAUUUACUGCAGACUGGCAGAAACUUUAUUUAUUAUCUUACUAGUAAUGCCUUGAUUUGUCCAUGGCACUAUCUGUAAGUAGACUAUUUAAUCAAAUAUUCUGUGUGGUGUCAAUUUUGCCAGUGAAAAGUUUUAUGGAUACUUUCAGAUGACCUAAAAAAGUAUAUGCAUAAGUUUCUCAGAUUAUUUUAGGAGAACCUCAAGAUUUCUACAUUGUUUCAGUAUUAGCGUAUAAAAUAAAAUGAAGGAAUCAAUAUUACAUUUGUGCUUCCUUCCUGGUGAGUUAAUGUGAAAAGAUAGAUUGACUGAUUCUUAGAACUUUCUACCAGCCCUGAAUAAUCUCCAGGUCCUGGUUAUUGCUAAAACAUUCCCGGUGACCCCUGGGAGGGAAGCUGGUCUGCUCGGCCAGAUGGUGUACUGUGAAGGGGCGUCAGUUGUUCCUUGGUGAAAUCCGUAACCACUUUCUACACCAGACAAUUGCAUUGCCACCCAAAAAAUGAAGGAUGGUACUGAAUCUAAAACCAAAUCUUAGUUUUUAAGUUCAUGGAAAGACUAAUAUAUUCCAACAUAAUUAUUACAUAUGGUUAAUAAUCAUAUCUUAAUUUAUUUUAAUGUAAAUAUUUUUGUUACUGAGCCAAAUUCUAAAGAAAAAAUAAAUAUAUUUCCUUGCAGAAAUCCUAGCACUUUUAUUUUGUUUUGUUCUUAAAUUAACUCACUAGCUAAAAGCGUUUCCCUUCCCAGAAGAUUUACAUUGUUGCAGCGCUUACUUUUUGAAGGUCAUGUAACUUCUGUAAGGCAUCUAAUACUGAUUUCUUAACAACAACAAAAAAACCUUUGAUAAUAUAAUUACUAUGUAUAUUUUACAGAAUUUGUUUCUUGUGAUAACGUUUAAGAUCUACUUUCAAAUAUGUGAUAUAGUAUUAACUAUAGUUAGCCAUGCUGUGUAUUACAUCCCCAUGGAUUACUUAUUUUGUAAUUGGAAAUUUGUACCUUUUGACCCUCUUCACCCAUUUCACUCACCAUCUACACCACCUCUGGCAACCACCAGUCCAUUGUGAUUUAUUGUGAGCUUGGUUUGUUUUUUUUCUUUAGAUUCCACAUUUAAGUGAGAUCAGACAGUAUCUGUCUUUCUCUAAUUUAUUUCACUUAGCAUAAUACCCUUAAGGUCCGUCUAUGUUGCAUAUGGCAAAUUUCAUAGGUUUUAUGGCUGAAGAAUAAUCCAUUAGAUAUACAGCAUGAUUUCUUUAUCUGUUCAUUUCCAUAUCUUGGCUAGUGUAAAUAACGAAGUGAACACAAGGUGUGUAUAUCUUUUAAGUAUUUUUGUUUUCUUCAGAUACUCAGAAGUGGAACUUCGGGGUCUUAUGCCUGCUCUACUUUUAAUUUUUUUGAGGCAUCCCCGCACUGUGUUCCAUCGUGGCUGCACCAGUGUACAUUCCCACCAGCAGGGCAUGGGGGUUCUCUGCUCCGCAUCCUCGCUAACAUUCAGUGUUUCUUGUCUGUUUGAUAGUAGCCAUUCUAACAGGUGUGAGGUUUUGAUUUGCAUUUCCCUGACUAGUGAUAUGGAACAUCUUUUCACGUACCUGUUGGCCAUCUGUAUGUCCUUUUUAGAAAAAUAUUCAGGUCCUCUGCUCAUUUUUUAAUCACAUUGGGUUUUUUUUGCUAUUGAGUUCUAUGAGUUCUUUAUGCUCAAUUUUGGAUAUUAACCCUGUAUCAGAUAUGAUUUGCAAAUAUUUUCUCCCAUUCAGUAGGAUGCCUCUUUGUUGACGGUUUCCUUUGCCAUGUGGAAGCUUUUAAGUUUGCUAUAGUUCUGUGUUUACUUUUGCAUUUGUGGCCUUUGCUUUUGGUGUGAAAUCCAAAGAAUUAUCACCAAGACAGAAGUUGAGGGACUUACUACUGCCUGUUUUUUAGUUCUAUGGUCUCAGGUCGUACAUUCAAGUCAUUAACCCAUUGUGAGUUAAUUUUUGUGGUGUGUGGGGCAGCAUCGUGGUCCAGUUUCUUUCUUUUAUAUGUGCCUGUCCAGUUUUCUCAAUGCAAUUUACGAGACUGUCCUUUCUUGAUUGUAUAUUCUUGGCUCCCUAUGUUGUAAAUUAAUUGACCAUAUAUGUGUGGGUUUAUUUCUGGGCUUUCUAUUCUGUUCCAUUGAUAUAUGUAUCUUUUUAUGCUGGUACCAUACUGUUUUGAUUUCAAUGGCUUUGUAAUAUAUUUGGAAAUCAGAGAGCAUGCCUCCAACUUUGUUCUCCUUUCUCAAGACCACUUUGGUAUUCAGGGUCUUUUGUGGUUCCAUGUAAAUUUUAGGAUUGUUCUAUUCUGUGAAAAAUGCCAGUGGAAUUUUGAUAGGAAUUUCAUUGGAUCUGUAGAAUGCUUUGAGUAAUAUGGACAUUUUUAACAAUUUUAAUUCUUCCAGUCCAUGAACACAGAAUAUCUUUCCAUUUAUUUGUGUUGUCUUCAAUUUUCACCAAUGUCAGAUAGUUCUCAGUGUGCAGGUUUUUACCUUAAUUAAAUUUAUUCCUAAGUA